AUGGAUUACCAUCAGGUACACGGGAAGGAUAUAUCGAGUUUCGACCUUCCUUCAACGCAUCGGUUACCCACAGUCUCGGCGGCCCAGGCCCAAGAGGAACUGACAGCUGACCCGUUCCGCUUCGUAUCCACGGGACUGGACGUCUUGGACACGCUGCUUGCCGCGUCAAAGAAUGACGGCCGUACCAGAGACCUCGGAGGGGUCCAGAGAGGUAUAGUGACCGAAAUCUGGGGCCCGCCAGGCAUAGGCAAGACUUCGCUGGGCCUGCAGCUUGCCUCGAAUGCUCUCGCCAGCAAACGAUCGGUGGUUUGGGUAGACUGUUUCCACAGCGUCUGCUCCCACAGGCUACCUGAUAUCAUCGACACCAAGCAUGAGCCUGAUGUUUUGGACAUGUUUGUCCACUUUGAAUGUCCGGAGCUUGCACAUUUGAUUGCCUUGCUCUGCAGACCAAAUGAGCUCUGCGUGCCUUUAGAUACAUCGCUCGUCGUUGUUGAUUCCCUUACGGCUUUGAUAAAUCACGCAUAUCCUCGAACAUUUGAUGGCAGGGCCGCGGCCAAGAUGAGCGGCGGCAGCAAGAUUCCGUCUUCUUCUGCAAAACGUCAACAGACUAUCCAACAUUUGAUAGGUGCACUGCAAAAGUUGGCUGCAACGCGAAACUUGGCGGUGGUUAUCCUGAGCCAGUGUGCUACCAAGAUGCAACUCGAACGAGGAGCUGCUCUGAUUCCAGCCGUCAAUGCAAGCUGGUGGGAGGAUGGCAUCUCCACAAGGAUAGUGCUCUUCAGAGACUGGUCCAUGCAAUCUGGUAGCGCUAGGGCCGCUCGUUUUGCUGCAGCACUCAAGGUCAACGGCAAGAAGGUAGACGAGGGCGAUAUUGAAUUGGCCGCGUUCGAGACCGUCGCUACUGGCCUUGAAGCUGUGGCUCUCGACAGUUCCCGCCAGAGCCAGCCACGGCAAAAAAGGGAGCUUGGGCCCUCUGGUACCCUCGAGAUUCCGGACAGCGAUGACGAAGACUACGGCUGGCAGGAAGAAGAUGCAUCUGCCCUUCCGCAGAUACCUCAGUGGCAGGGAAGUGAGGAUAUUCUACUCGUCCGAGGCCAGGAUAGUGACGAGGGCGAAGAGCUUGAGCCUACUGAAGAGGGUCAAAAUGCCGAAUCCGACAAGUGA